ACAGCCACACACACAGCCACACACAGCCACACACAGCACGCAAACAGAGUGCAGCCCAGGAGCAAGUUAGACAUCUGAGGGAGGGAGGGAGAGAGAGAGAGAGAGAGCGCGAAAGAGAAGAACCCUCUUCUCUACCCUUGCACGCUGAGUUUAGUAGUGUGAGAAGGUUGUAUCAAGCAGAUGAUUCUGACUGAGUGGACUGAAUUUCAUACCAUGGGAGACACAAGCUGAACUAGAAGAGGAAACCAACCCUCACCAUCUGAUCUGUAAAGGACCCCUGUUCAAAUUGGAUUAUUGGACUUUCCCCUCUCAAUCAUUGGCAUGGUGAUGUCCUAAAUGACCAGCAUAUAUUGAAGUGGCUGCUUAUUCUGGACCACAGUGGACUUUGAGAUUUUUUUUCUAAGCGUGUGUGAGAGUGUGUAUGUGUGAGCGGGAUCAUGUCAGGAGGACGUUUCAGUCACCUGUUGAGGGUACUGUGGCAAGCUGUGCUUGUGUCAGGGAGCAAGCUAUGGGAGGUACCCACAGCCCCCUUAGGAUUUUCCUCCAACCAUACAACCAGCCUGGAAUGGGAGCCACAGUGUCAGUAUCGCCACUUGCAGGAUGGCGUCAGAAUCACAGCCGACAUUCCGCCAAAACUGGAGGGCAACUGGGUGUCAACCAGAUGUGAAGUUCGGCCUGGUCCUGAGUUUCUGACCCGGUCCUACACCUUCUACCCGAGCCACCUGUUCAAGGCACUGCAGCACUAUUACACUGACAGUGGGUGCGAGGAGCCCACCUACUCUCUGGUGGUACGGGGCAAGCUCCGUCUACGCCAGGCGUCCUGGAUUACCCGGGGUGCCACCGAGACAGAGCACCACCUUCACAAAGUGGGCAUCGUCAUCCACAGCCAAGGCGCCAUGCACAGGCCGGCCACCCGUCUACCCUCUGUGUGUGUGGGCCUCACCCUGGGCGGCAUGGUGCCCGGGCACCUGUAUGAGCUGUAUAACGCCCAGGCAGGGAGGGCCUGUCUGGGUGCCCUGGGGUUCUCGAUGAUGGAACUGGGCUUGGUGAGAGUGGAGACCCAGCAUAAGCCCCAUGGAGGUCUGGUUCAGGAGCUAUUCUUUGGGGACGUGCACACGGACUGGACAAAGAGGACGUACUAUCGACCAACGGGUUACCAGCAACCAUUGCAGAACGCUAUGCACCACAUCCACCCCUGCCCGGCGUGCGCCCUGGUCUUCCGGGCCUCAGAACAACGCCCCCCGGUGUUGCCCCAUGUCCCUGCGUUGGCCCGUCCAUCUCUGCAUGGCCGCUGGGUGAGCCAACGCUGUGAAGCCCGGCCUGCCGUCCUCUUCCUCACCCGAGACUUCACCUUCCGCCCAGAUGAGCACUCCUGGGAAGGCUUCUACCACCACUACUCGGACCCCUCCUGCAGCCAGCCGACCUUCACCCUGCAGGCCUCGGGCCACUAUGCUCAGGGAGACCCCUCGGCCAAAGUGGCGGGAGGCACCGAGUUUGUCUUCAAGGUGACCCGGGUCAGUGUCACCAUCCUUGAGGGGGCCACGGCCAAGGUGCUCAACGAGACCCGGCCAGGAAGCUGCGGGAAGGUGGGGGGCUGGGAGGUGGGGGUGGAGCAAGACGUGACCGCCACGGAUGGGUGUACCGUCUUGGGAAUCAAGCUGCCACACAAGGAGUACGAGCUGUUCAAGACGGAGAUGGACUAUCGACGGCGCCCUCUGCUGUUCAUAGGGGAGAGGCCGACGGAUGGCUCCAGCCCCGACCGUCCCCAGAAGAGGCCCACGUCUUACCAGGCCCCCAUGGUGCAUUGUGCCGAGGAGGACACCCCCACGUCGUAUCACCACACCAACCAGCUCAAGCUAGCAGCUAGUGGAGCCAAGAACCUACCAUGGCAACCAAGCUUUGUCCUAGUGCUGGUCUCUUUACUGUUGCUUUGGUACGAUGGAGGAACUGUUCACAGUGUAUGAGGAAGAACCAUGUUCUCCUCCUCAAUAUCAAGAUAACGGCAGACCAAAUAAAAGAUGGCUUUUCAGGAGAGAAUGAUUUGUAAAGGAUGGUACUCUAUGUUCAGCAACCUGAAUAAGUCAAUCAUACGACAAUGACAUCAGCAGUGUUGAUGCCCUUGACAUUGUGUAAAAGGAAACUGACGAACAUUCAACAAGUGUCAACAACUGUCAUUUGAAUGGUAUUCCAGUGAACAAUACGUACAAAAAAACUGUACAUACACUGACUGUGUAUACAAGUUGCAUAUCUAUCAUAUUAUAUACAGUACGUGUAUCACUUUGUUUUCUUUUAAACCAGAGAUGCCUUUUGGCAAAUGCUUAAGGCCCAUAAGAGCUCCUUUCUCUAAAGAUUUAUUUUCCCUUCAAAUGACAUAAGGCAGUAUAUUUUCGAACAAAACAAAGGACAAUCAAUACUGACCAAUAAAUUCAUUGCACAAGCAACCGACAUUAAAAUGGACUUCAGAUUGUGUAAAUCAGGAACUGGAUACCAAAGAGGAAACGCAAAUGUGUGUCACAUCAACAGGUCCUAAUCUAAUGUGUUCAUUUUCGAUUGGAGGAAACCCCCCAGCUGACAAGUGCACUAAUUGGACACUAGUUUACAAUGCUAUCCUACAAACCAUACUUAUUGUCAUUGUUCAACUAAUUGUUAUAUUAAAAAGGGAAGAUAUGCUGCAAUUAUUGCAUUGUCUGUGUGUUUUUAUAUGUUAUGUACAGUCUGUCCUGCUUCUUUCUCAUCUCUUGUAUAUCUUCACAAAAUCUAUCAUCUUGAUUUACUAACCAGCUGCUUGAGAAAUAAUUUCUAUCAUUAUUCUAUCAUUGGCUGUAAAAUUAAUAAUGUUUUUGACAUGAAAUAAUAAUGAAUCAUAAGAAUAAUUAAGAAUAUUUAAGAACUGAGUGUGAAAUACUCAUCCUUAAGGCAAAAUAGUCACUUCAGUACUAAGGUAAAUGCUGGAUUCUUCAAUCUAACAGGCUUUCCAAACAAUGGUCCAAGUUUGAAAGCCAAGAUGCUGGACAUGAGUGCUGCAAUGUGAGAACUAACUGGCAUAUGGCUCACACAUGAAGCAUUGCUAUCCAGCUCCAAUUUUUGGAGCAUAACUCCCUGAGUAAAACACAGAGUAAUAUCUGGUUGGAUGCAUAUUAUAGCCAGCCUGUAACACAAUGUACCCUACUCAGCAAAAUUACAAUUAUUGCGAUUUUGAAAUAUUGUAGAUAAUUUUUUAGCUAGAAGAUCAUUUGUAAUAGACAGGAAACUUGGGUAACACGAUAAUAACUGCCAUGAAUUAACAAUAAAUCAUGUAUAAACAAUUAAGUAUUUCAUUAUUUGUAAACCUUUAUAAACAAUUAUAAGCAUUACAAAUGUAUGAUGACUUAUACUGAACAAAAAUAUAAACACAACAUGUAAAGUGUUGGUCCCUUGUUUCAUGAGCUGAAAUAAAACGUACCAGAAAUGUU